AUGUCGAGCAGACAACUGCGCAGACUUCAGCAGCAAAAGGAGACGGAGAAAUCCCAGCAAGAGGGUGGACCCGAUUCUGACGAGACUGGGGGGGACGCCGAUGAACCGGGACAAACGUCAAUAAAAUCCCGACCGAACCUCUUCGCAGCGUUGGGUGCCGGUGACGACGACGGCGACGACGGCGACGACGGCAACGACGAUGACGACAACGACGAUGACGGAGACGACGACGGCGGCGACGUUGGCAAAGAUGUGGAAGCGCGAUUGACGGAAUCGCAAAGCCUCGAUAGUCCAGCUCGAGCUACAUCAAGCGCCCAGAAGAGCAAGCAGAAGAAGAAGAAGAAGAAGAAGAAGGCCAAGACCAAGACCAAGACCAAGACCAACGAGACCAAACCCCCCGCCAUCGACCAAGACCAAGACCAAGAUGAGGAUGAGAUCGACAAAGCAAUCAAAGAGCUGAGGCCGGACUCGACUGCCGCAAGCGGUAAUUCGGCGCCGGACGUCCAAGGCUGCGGGAACACCCUUGGCCCGCGGAAACGACUGAACCAGCUACUCUCCAUCAACCCGCACCAUCUUCGAGCCAUCAACGAGAUGCGACAUCUGUUUGGACGAGAGAUUAUAGAGUCGGCCAAUGCAGAGGAGCAACAGGAAGCCACCAACCGGCGCCGACAGCGGACGCCGCAGCACGUUGACCUUGAGACGUUUCUACGUGAGCCACCAGGGGCCAAGAAGUUGCCCGAGGUGUCGCUACGGCGCAACGUAUUCAUCCAGGGACGAGAACACUGGCCGCGCCAGUCGGCGGGUGGGCUGACCCUGAAGGAGAUGGGGAAAUCCGACCACGGACUCGCAAUUGAAUAUGCCUACGUCCAUGAAAAGGAAUACGACAUAAUACAGGCCUUUUUCUUUGCCUCUGUGCAGUUGGGUGAUCCCAUGCGCAUGGUGCAUUUGCUCAAGGAACGCCCAUACCACGUUUCAACGCUGCUGCAAGUCAGCAGUGUCGCGAAGCAGGACCAGAACAUGUCCCUAGCAGCCGAACUAUGCGAAAGAGCUCUGUUCACGUUUGGCAGAGUCACAACAUCGGCGUUUCGAAGAGACAUUGAGCAGGGAAGGGCGCGGCUCGACUUCCGACGACCAGAGAACCGCCAAUUCUGGCUGGCUGGACAUCACUACCUGCGCAGCUUGAUCCGCAAGGGAACGUAUCGCACCGCGCUCGAGUGGGCCAAGCUCCUGUUCGCCCUGGAUCCCGGAGAUCCAUACGCCAUGAGGCACUACAUUCACUUCCUGGCUCUUCGCGCGUACGAGUCGAAAUGGCUGGUUGACUUCCUCCAACAACUAGAGAGCCUCGGCAGCUUUCCGGACAUGGUGUACCUGCGGCAGAGCUUGGUCUUGGCCAAGCUGCAAACCGGCGAGGUGGAAAGCGCACGCGAACUGCUCAAGCACGGAGUGCAGACCGUUCCCUGGCUUUACUGCGCCUUGUUCCAGGAGUUGAAUCUCGACGCGCCACCGUCCAUCUGGGGCAUCAGCCCAGCAUGCGACACCAGGACGUUUUGGACCAAGUUGUACUUGCACCAGGCCAAAGACCUCUGGAACAACGCGCAAGCGACGAAGCUGCUGCAGGACGUGACGGCAACUCUGGACCGGGUGGACGUGAGCCGUCUUGCGCAGGAGGACGGCGCCGUUGACUUGGGUUCGGUAAGGUUAGCAUACCUGGAAGGUCACACGUCCCUGCUGGCCGCAGCGCCGCGACACCUUCUGGACGGACAACCCAAUUACGAGUUCGAUCCUCUUCCGCCGGCCGAAGAGGACAACAUAUUCACCGGUCAGGGGACUCGCUUGCCGUGGCGAGGGCGGGGCGAGCAAGCGCAAGGCCUGGCGAUCGACGACGAGCUAAUGGCCCGCAUGCAGAACCGGCUGGUUCGGCUGGGCGCGCGUGCGGGAGCAGCAGCCGCUGCUGCGCCCCAAGGAGAUGCAGGAUUUCUGGGCAUGAACCACCUUGGCGCGGACAACGACGACGACGACGACGAGGAGGCAGUCCUGGCGCUACGAGCGGCAGAUGACGAAGAGUUGCAAAGAGACAUUGAGGCUCACCUGGGCCGGGACGCUGGACAGGGCAUCGUGGCAACGGUCCUGCAAAUGCUGGGGUUCGGUCGACAGACGGCUAGAUCAGGUGAGGAUGAGACGCUGCCGGAAGGGGAAGAGGACGUGCCACCUGGGGCCUGGCCAGAAGACGGACGGACCGAGUGA